AUGGAAAAAAGGAAGAAGGAGCCUAGAUUGGAAACAAGAACCGGAUGUGAAGCCCGAAUGGAUGUUAAAUUUGUACCAGAAAGUGGAAGGUGGCAUAUCUUUUAUUUCUCUGACGAACACAACAAUGAUCUAUUGGAUACACAAUUCAGUGCUAUGUUGCCUGCCCACAGAAAAAUGUCAGAGGCAGAUAUUAUGCAAAUGAUGAACAUGCUAAAGUCAGGGAUUAGCAUCUCACAGAUAUUUGGUCAUAUGUGGGCUACUGCAUAUCUAAGAGGAAAAUUCUUUACUGGCUUUAGAACUACAUCAAGAUGUGAAGGUUUACACUCAGUUGUGGGAAGGUAUGUGGGGUCGCGGUAUGAUUUGACAAGUUUUGUAGAGCAUUUUCAAAGGUGUGUUGCACACAUGCGCUUUAAAGAAUUUAAUGCUGAUUAUGAAUCUACACGUGGGGUGCCCGUCAUGGAAACUUGUAUAGAGCUGCUAGAGAGAUAUGCUGCUGAGUUAUACACUCAUGAGAUAUUUCUUUUCUUUCGGCCAUUUCUCUCUAGAGCUGGAUCAAUGCGGGUGCUAAACAUAGAUAAUACCGAUGAUUGCAUAAAAUACAUUGUGUGUAAGCAUGGGAGGCCCGAUUUUAUGUGGACCAUUGAUUUUCGUCAAGAAGAAAUUAUCUUCAUGUGUACUUGUUUAAGAAUGGAGUCAUUUGGUAUUCCCUGCGAACAUAUUGUGAAAGUUCUGGUUGACAGAGACAUCUGUGAGAUUCCCCGGUCAUUGGUAUUGGAUAGAUGGACAAAAAAGGUUAAAUCAGCACUCAAUGAUCCAAGUGGGUUCACCAGGGAUGCUAUUGUUAUUAGUUGUCAAAGUGCCUUGGUGGAAUUUUCUAAACAAUUGGCUGCUAUUGCUGCUAAAGUACCAGAGAGAUAUGAAGAGACACGUGACAUAAUUAUGAGAUUGUACUCAUCUUACAAGGCUGCAGACGAAGGCACUAAUCAACCUCAGUCAGGUGUAGCUAGAAGUAGCAAUCCGUAUGUGCAUCAAACCACUGGAGGCUCAGGACAACCAUCUAAGAAGAAGAAGCGGCAACAUUGUAGUGUUUGUCAAAUGGAAGGACAUAAGAAGACAACAUGUCCUUGGCAAAAGGACAUUGACAACAACGUUAUAGAAAAUGAAGCUAACGGUUCGGACGAUGGCGACAUGUGUACCGAAGCGACAGCUGAGUUAGAUAGUGAUAAUUAUCAACCUCCAUAA